UUUAGCAGUUCCGUUUCCGCUCGUUCGUCUCACGGCGCUCACAAAGCUAAAAACCGAAUCAUUCGAUCAACUGAUUCAGUUCCGUUCGUUCACUAAUAAUAAUAAUUAACAAUAUAAUAAUAACUAAUUCGUUCUUCUGAAGGAAACAACACGAUUUGGAAUACGGGACGAAGUUUGAUCGUUAGUUAGCAAAUUUGUCUGAAUUUGGACCGAAUGUUGUGAUUCCUCCACGCUGGACGAAACCCGAUCACUACUUUAGUCGACAAUAACUUCAUUUGUGGUAAAUUCGUGUCCGGUUGGAGUCGUUUCGCGCAAGUUGAAGCUUCUCGACCUAGCUUAGCAUAGUUUAGCUUAGCUAGCUAACAGAAAGACGCGUUUGUGAUUUAGCAGAGAUUAAACGCAAGUUGCUUUUGUCAUCUUUUCAAGAGAGAGCAGAAAGUGAUGUGAUCCUGGUGUGGAAAUGAGCGCGAGGACAGCAGAGUACGAGGAAGAACUUUGGGGACCAGAAGGGGAGAAGAAGCCACAACAUCAACUCCUGGACGUUGUGUUCAAUAUGGAUCCUCGAACUGUGCUACGCAAAGAAGAAAUCACUGAAGAUCUUCGUACUGAGCAACAGGAGCCAGAAGUCCAUCACCAUAAACAGGAAAUGGAGGAUGAAGAAGUGCACCCCAUCAAAGAGGAAGAGGAGGCCAUUUUGAUUAAAAGAGAGGAGGAAGAAGCCUCUCCCCAGAUCAAAAAAGAGGAGGAGGAUGUCAGCAAGUUUCCAUCGAUUGGUGUCCUUUUGAAGAGUGAAGAUGAAGGUCAAAGUGAGGGAAGCAGAGGGGCGGAGCCUCCAUGCGGCAGCUCAAGUCAACACAUGACAACAGGAGGUGAUGGAGAUCACUGCAGAGGAUCAAAACCAAACGGACUCUUAGCUUCACUGUCAGAUAGUAGUAACAUGAUGACACGCUCUCCUCCCACUGAUGAAAAUGAUGAUGAUGAUGAUGAACAGUCUGAGGGUGAUAUGACAUGUCACACCGCCAACAAACGAUGGACAUGUUCUCAGUGUGGGAAAACCUUUGCACACAAGUGCAGUUUGAAAACCCACGUGAGAACACACACUGGGGAAAAACCGUUCUCCUGCUCAUUUUGUGGGAAAAGAUUCUUAGUGAAGGGCGACUUAACAAUACACACGAGAAGACACACCGGUGAGAAACCGUUUCCUUGCACAGUUUGUGGUCAAAGAUUCACCGAAAAGGAAGGUUUAAAGAGACACACAAGAACCCACACUGGUGAGAAGCCUUUUGCCUGCUUAAUUUGUGGGAAACGAUUCUCUGUGAAGGGAAGCUUGAACACUCACACAAGAACCCAUACUGGUGAGAAACCUUUUUCCUGCUCAAUUUGCGGUCAAAUAUUCUCUGAAAGGGGAAACUUAAAAACUCAUACAAGGACUCACACUGGUGAAAAACCUUUUUCCUGCUCCGAUUGUGGCCAAAGAUUCUCUGAAAAUGGAAGUUUACAAAUACAUAUGAGAACCCACACCGGUGAGAAGCCAUUUUCCUGUACAGUUUGUGGUCAAAGUUUCCCUCAGAAGGGAAAAUUAAAAAUACACACAAGAAAACACACUGGUGAGAAACCUUUUUCCUGUUCAGUUUGUGGCCAAACAUUCACUUGUAAAGGAUAUUUAAAAGUACACUCAAGGACCCACAGUGGUGAGAAACCUUUUUCCUGCUCGGUGUGCGGUCGAAACUUCUCUGAAAAUGGAAAUUUGCUGAAACAUAUCAGGACCCACACAGGUGAGAAACCUUUCUCCUGCUCGGAUUGCGGUCAAACAUUCGCUCGUAAGGGACACUUAAAGGUACACUCAAGAACCCACACUGGUCAGAAACCUUUUUCCUGCUCAGUGUGUGGCCAAAGUUUCACUUCUAAGGGAUACUUGAAAAUACACUCAAGAACCCACAGUGGUGAGAAGCCUUUUUCCUGCACGUUGUGUGGCCGAAGCUUCUCUGAAAAAGGAAGUUUGAUGAAACAUACAAGGACCCACACCGGUGAGAAACCUUUUCCCUGUUCGGACUGUGGUCAAAGAUUCGCUUGUAAGGGACACUUGAAAGUACACUCGAGAACCCACACUGGUCAGAAACCUUUUUCCUGCUCACUUUGUGGCCAAAGCUUUUCUUACAAGUAUCAGGUUAAGGCACACAAGUGUGCUGGUGAGAAGAGCAGUGGUCAAGAAGGAAAAGAAGAGUCCCUUUUAUUGUCAUGAUCCAUGCAGAUGAAAUUUGUUCUCUCAAAGUUAACAGACUUGUUAGAGUAACACCCGGGGAGCAGUUUGACAGCUGCGUCAAAAACCCACAUCAAGUCGUUCUUGGAGAUUUAUUUCUUCCCGUGUUAUGCCAAUUUUGUAUUCACCGUACCACAAAUGUAUGCAUAGAUCACAAAGGUUUUUCUACAGGCGGUAUUGUGUGACUGGCUGCUAUAAUGUCAGAUGACCCAUACGCCGCUUAAUGUCCUGAAACUGCAGCUGAUCUGAUUUGUUCUUUGGCGAUCCUUAAAAUCUCAAAUAUUGGGUCGAUCGUAGCAAUAAUUUCAGUUUAUUUUGGGGCACUAAGCCACGUCUUUAGAGUUCAUCGCAGUCUCCUCCUAACCAACUUACAACGAAAUGUAUGAAAACCUUUGCUUGGAAAAGCAAACGACAGAUGAGAAGACACUCGAAAAAGAGCUUUUGCCUGUCAGUUUGUGGUCAAAGAUUCUCUACUAAGUACCGUACUAAUAAACACAAGUGCGCUGUCCGAAGAAUCGGCAUGAUCAAGAUACUUUAAUUGAAAUUGCAAAUAUAUUCUAUCAAAAUUCAAGUCUAUCAUACAGAUUUACAAAAAUCUAUAUGUGUGUGAUGUAUUUCCCGUGUUUAUUUUAAUGUUGCCCUUUUGGACAAGUAUUUAGAAUUAGUACUUCUGCGAAAGUACACAAAGUAAUCAUUGCCUUGUUUUCCAAUAACUCAUAUAAAUAAAUUCAUGAUUGAUAGAUUAAACUUUACUGUAAACAAGGGUUGACUUUUUGUGGUAAACUAAGACUAGUAUUUGUGAUCCAUAAUAAAAUACGCUUCUUCAAAUAUUAGAGUAACUC